AAUCCAGAUCUUGAGGCCAGAAGACACACCUGUAAUUUCAGCCACACCUUCUGCAGUAAGACUAUAUAAGGACAUGGAAAAAGGAGGCUUUUGCUCAUUUCUCCCUUGCCCUCACCUUGUUAACAAGCCCAUUCUUUCAGUGGAAUUAGAGCCUACUUAUUUGAAAUUCCAGCAUAUACUGAAGACCAGCGGAGAGAUCCAGCCUUGUGGACCAAGCCUCUUCUGGAUUCAGGGACUUUCAGUUCACAGUCACCCAUUGUUGGAUUAGCUGGACUGCUGCCUGAAUUGACAACAAGAUAAAGUGUCCUAAUUGAGCAGAACAUCAUGGCCAGCCCCUCAGAAGAAAACAUCCUUGAAAAGGAUUUCAGGAUCUUAACAUCUCUAGGUUCUGGUGGAUAUGGGGAGGUGAAGCUUGCCUGCCACCUUCCUACACAUACACAGGUGGCUGUCAAGGUCCUGGAGAAGAAAAAGAAUUCUCUGGCUCGCAUCAACACUGAAGUAGAGAUACUUCAGUCUGUGGAACACAGAAACAUAGUUCAUUUUUUUCAUGUUAUUGACACAAGUUCAACCACUUUUGUGAUAAUGGAGUAUAUUGCAGGAAAAAACCUGGAAUAUUUAAUCAGGGAGAGAGACUUUCUAAAGGAGGAUGAGGUCAGACCAAUAUUCCAACAGGUCGUUUCAGGGGUUCAUUUUCUCCACCAAAAACGAAUUGCCCAUCGUGAUAUUAAAUUGGAAAAUGUCCUUAUUGACGGAGCUGGCAAUGUCAAGCUUUGUGACUUUGGUAUGUCCAGACAGCUGGCAGAGGGGCAGAUGUUGAAGGAAUUCUGUGGCACCUUGGUCUAUUUGGCUCCAGAGAUUUUGGCAAGGAAACCCUAUGAUGGACUGGCAGGGGAUAUGUGGAGCUUGGGAGUCCUCCUAUAUGUACUGGUCACAGGAAAAUUUCCAUAUGACGAAACCACCUAUGAACGUAUGUACAAGGUCAUCACCACCACAAUUUUUUCCUGUCCCUACUACGUGUCAGACCCCUGUGUAAUCAUCAUUGCACGAUUACUCACGGUCCCCUCCCUGCACAGAAUAACAAUAUGUCAGCUCCAGGAAAGCGGAUGGCUGGGCAACAUUAAAGAACAUGCAGCACCUACAACUAAGGAAAUCCUUCCCAUGGUCGUGGAGACCAUGUGCACCAUGGGAUAUACCUGUGAAGACAUUGUAUCAUCCCUAAAACACAGGCAACCAAAUAAUUUAAUGGCAACAUUCAAUAUCCUCAAAUACAAACUGAGCUGUGGGGACAGCCAUCAGCAAAAUCAAAAGCCCUGGUUAAAUGACAGUCCUAUAGGUGCUCUUCGCCCCCUUCUCCCCUUGAAGAGGAGAUUCAGUGAACCAGCCUUCCCAACAAGUAAAGGAGAAGGGAAGAGACAUUUACAUGAGGAGGGUGUGGAAGGAAGAGGCAGGAGAUGCCAAAGCUACAAAAUGCUCAACAGAUACCGAAGCCUGUGA